AUGGCUGAUGCUUUUGAGUCGCCCAGGCGACCAAAGAGCGCCUACACGGCUUCCCAUCUUCAGUAUCCGACCCUGCCGCCGCUCACGGCCUCUGUAGAGGAGUGGUUAUCCCACUCUCGGCCCGCCAACAACAUGACCUCCGAUCGACCCUCCGACUCUCAUGCCAAGUCCUUGAGUGACAGCUGGGCUACCCUCAGCGUAUCCGAUAUACAUUCAGAGGAUGGAACUCGCUCCGAACAAACUGAUACCGGGUCGCUGAUCGACCAAACCACCCCCGAUGAUGUCGCCAGUCUCGACGAACGAUACAGCGGCAGCGAGGCCGAUGGGCCUGAUGAAGAAGAUCGCCAUGACCAGGAAGAUGAGGAGGCAUCCCGGGGUGAGACGCAGAGCACUGCGGGGUCUCAACUGUUCCCCAAGCUCUAUACUCAUGUUGCGGGGGCGAUCGAUGAUAGCGGACUCACUACCAGACCUCGUCAGUCAUCCGAGUCGAUCGAGUUCCCUGAGCCUGAGAAGUGGCCCGAGUCAGAGCGAGUCGAGUUCAAGCAUACGACCCGCAUCUUCGACGACAAAAUGGCCUCGGAAUUGAAGAGCCGACUGUCGACCAUGUUGCUGCCGUCGAACACGGCCGACUCCAUUCUAAUGGCCACGGUCCAACAAACCAUGACCAAAUACAGCCUGGAUCUCGACAAACCUUUCCGCGUGUUGUAUAUUGGCCAGCCUGAGUACCGGAAUAUCAUUCUUGACAAGAUCGGUGACGUUCUGGUAUCAAGCUCAUCUACCGGAUCGCAGGCCAGCUCUGCUGAGUCUUCUCGGUAUCAUGUUGUGCCGACAUCUUUUGGAGCUGGUGCCGUGCCCAACUUUGCCGAGUUGCUCCCGAUCCAUGUUCAACUUGUGGUGGACGAGUGCACGGAAGCUACCGUGGAUGCCCAGAAGGAUCAGCCGAGUACGUUGCAUUUGACGUUCAAAAAUCGGCCAUCCUGUCGCUCAUGGUGGAACGGAGAUAAAUAUUGUGUUUCAUCGGCAUCGGAAUGGACUCUUCCAGACAUGGCGAUCAUAUUUGUGUCCGGUCAUGAUGAUGCUGCCGUCGUGCAAACCCAACGGCUCGCUCAUACCUUUUUGGAGCGACAUGGAAUACCCGCAAUGGUGAUUUCUGAGGAGCCAAUGUGGGAGCUGGCAGGUGAUCCCAUCCCGUUGAACCACAGCAGCCUUCACAUGUGUCUGGAGUCUCGAAACUCCCAGACCGGGGAAACGGUACUCCUACGACGUUACCCAAUCGACUUGGAGACUUUCGAGAGCAUUACUCCUAGCCAACUCAAUAGAAACUUGGCUUCACUUAUGGAGCUCUAUCCCAGCAAAGUGCACAAGACCACCCCCGAUAUUCCAGACCUGGCUCAACGUUGCUCGCUUACCGACCCUGAAAAGUAUCCGUUGAACUGGAUUCCUCCGUCAUAUGCCACCAGGGCCUGGGAUCUUGCCCCAAUGCUGCGUCUUAUCACGUUGACCCUCAUUUCGGCCAUCGCCCUUUCAAUCGGUUAUGCAGCUGUCAAAACGGUGGUUCUUGUCCUUACCCAGUACAUCGCCGGAUCCGCUCUGUCUCAGAUGUCCUCCCCUUCAGUUGCGCCCAUUCCGACGACUGCAAUGACUUUGGAAGGCGUGAGACAGACCGCACUGUCUGUUCGGCCAUACGGCCAAGUGGGACUGGUACAAAGUCAGAUUUCUGAUUGUUCUAUUGUGGACCGGGUGACCGGACCUACCAUUGAAAGCUCUUCUAAAUCGGAUAUCUUUGAAAUUCAAGUCGUUGGGGACUGCCAUGUGGUGAUUAAGCCUCCUCGAAACCUUGCAUCUCCCAAGAAGCAGGCACGAUUCAAUGUCAGCGUUCAUCGAUAUGAUCAAGCUCUUCCCUAUGAGUUGUCUCGGCUGUUUGAUGACGUCUACUCGCUGAGAUUGGAUCGAGAGGAAGCGUAUGGUCUGGUCAACGUUACAGUCGUUGGCAAGUCCAAGGCCCCCAUCAACCAGACCACAGUGGUUGACUUCGGGACUCCGUGGUUGAAGAUUGCCAACUGGAGACGCGCAGCCCGGGUGGUCUCUUCACAAGUGACGAAAGACUUGCAAGUUGCUCGAACCGGCCUGGCUGAUGUCUACGGCCGACUUUCCACCGACCUGACUGACAUCUACGGUCAACUUUCCACCGACCUUCAGGUCAUUGCUGGAGACGUAGUAAAGAGAUCUCACGAUUUGCGGCAUAACGCCGAGCGUCUCCGCCUCGACGGCCUCCAUGCUCGAGACAGCGUUCUGUCACGUUCGAAACAGCUUUCGGCCCUUGCCAGCAAUGCCAUCCAACGAUUCCGCAGCAUCUCUUCUGUCCUGCACAGUCGCUCAACUCGUGUCAACGAGGAGGCCAAGGGGUUUAUCAGUGGCGCCUGGAGGCUUCUGGAGAAGUCCGCUGCGAAGAUCAAUGUUCGGUCCAUGAUGGAUCGAGCUCAAGCACGCGCACGCCAGGUUGCGGGAUUCCAGUUUAGAAACCCUGACUGCUCAGGUGAUAGCUCAAAGUGCUGA